AGCCUCACUCACGUCUUGGGACUCAUCUUCCAAACCGGUUUUCCGUCUUGCUCAAAGAUGCUUUCCCCAGCGUUCGUGAUGCUCCUGUUGGUCGCUUCUGUGAUCGCUCACCGAAGUGUAGACGUGAAUCUCCUCGUCCAAAACCAGCAAGUGCCACUCGACGGGCCUACGGUUACAAUAGGCGAGUUCGUGAUCCCCGCAGUACCAGAAUCCCUCUUUCUGGAGCGGCAAAAAAAUAUCCCGAGGUUCAGUCUGCUCGGCUCAAGCCAGAUAAGCGAGAGAACCGACUCUCUUGGCUCGUGGGUGCGUGACAUAAACGGGAAUUUCGGACGAAGACCUGUGUGCAAGAGGCACGCUUGUCACACCUUCGGCUUUGAUCUUCAGAGGCAUUGCUGCGAGCUCACAGGAGUUUGCUGCCCUCACCCCCACUUGUAUCAUCAUCGUCAUCACCGCGACUUGCGGAUACGCCCAUCCGUUGUAGCCGUCGUACGAGACGAGUGAAGUGCUCGGGUCGAUACGUUUUUUUUUGUGGAGCAGCUCGCAAAGGGUCGACCCU